CGCGGGGCCCGCAGCCCGGGACGGCGCGGAAAGGCCCGGCGGGUCCCUGGGGGGGCCGGCCCGGGAACGGGGGAGCUCUUCCCUGCCUGCCCCCCUCCCUCGGGCCGGCAUCCCCAAGGCACGAGCCCUUGGGGAGGGAGCUGCGGUAUCACCGGUCCGCGGCGAGGGAUAAACAAGUUCCCAGCCAGCUGCAACGUAGGGUUGAGUGUGUUUUGACUGUGGAGCAAAGAACCCCAGCUGGGCGAGCAUCACCUAUGGAGUGUUUCUCUGUAUCGAUUGCUCAGGGACCCACCGGUCCCUUGGUGUUCACUUGAGUUUCAUUCGGUCUACAGAACUGGAUUCCAAUUGGUCCUGGUUCCAGCUGAGAUGCAUGCAGGUCGGAGGAAAUGCAAAUGCUUCUGCAUUUUUCCACCAGCAUGGGUGCACAACCAAUGACACCAAUGCCAAAUACAACAGCCGUGCUGCUCAGCUCUACAAGGAGAAGAUCAAAUCUCUUGCAGCACAGGCCACAAGAAAGCAUGGGACUGAUCUGUGGACAGAUGGGUGUGGAAUGCCACCAGCAUCACCUCAAAACAAAGAGGAGGAAGAUUUUUUUGCAUCCCAUGUUUCUACCAAGGAUACAGAGUGGAUGUUACCAGAACCAGUUUCUCUCCAGCAGAAAAGUUCAGAAAACAUUCCAGAAUCCUGUGAAGGACCAGAACAUGGACCAAGCGUUGAUGGCCUUAGCACAUCACCACAGCCACCAUUAGAGAACACCACCUUCAUAAAAAAGAAGCCAAAUCAAGCUAAGAAGGGGCUUGGUGCCAAAAAAGGUGGUUUGGGAGCCCAAAAAGUGAGCAGCCAAAGCUUCAAUGAGAUUGAAAAACAAGCACAAGCUGUAGAUAAAAUGAAGGAACAAGAGGAUCUUCACAGUAGUAAGAAAACUGAGAAGGAAGAGCCACUAGUAUCAUCUCUAAGGUUGGCCUACAGAGAUCUUGAUAUUAAAGCAAGAGAAGAAACCUUAAACCUCGCUGGUAAGAAGAAGACGGAGCUGGAGAGGCUUGGCAUGGGAUUGGGCAGCAACAGGAGUAACAUCUCUCACUCAGUCACCUCAGAUAUGCAAACAAUAGAGCAGGAAACACCUACAAUUGCAAAGCCAAAGAAGAAGUACGUGGAUGAUGUGGAAGACUCCUACUUCUCUUCUAGCUCAAGGUACUAUGAUGCUUCAGAUUUGAGGAGCAGCACUUUCUCCAAAUGGGAUGACAAUUCAGAUGAUUUUUGGAAGAAAGAAAAUAAUAGUAAAGACAUUGAUACAUUGUUAACUUCAAAAAGCACAGGAUUUUCAGACAGGCCUGCAUCUCGGCGUAAGCCUGAAUAUGAACCUCCUGCAAAUAUAGAUGAGGCACAGAAAAAAUUUGGCAAUGUCAAGGCCAUUUCAUCAGACAUGUACUUUGGAAGGCAAGAUCAGGCUGAUUAUGAAGCAAGGGCUCGGCUAGAAAGGCUCUCUGGAAGCACGUCCAUAAGUUCAGCUGACUUGUUUGAAGACCAGAGAAAACAACCAACAGGAAGCUACAAUAUUACCAAUGUCUUGCCUUCAGCUCCUGAUAUAGCUCAGUUUAAACAAGGAGUGAAAUCUGUGGCUGGAAAACUUUCUGUCCUUGCUAAUGGAGUCAUGACAUCUAUACAGGAUCGAUAUGGUUCCUAACUGAAGCUAAAGAAGGAUUCUUCUUCAGGCACACAAGUAAUCAUUCUGCUGAUUCAAAUGAAGGUUGCCUUAAGACUGAUGAUAUUUUUACCCAUUUCUUAGAGCAGAUUUCUGACUCAGCCUCUUCUUAGUGCUGUUUCGUUUUAACAGAGCAGAAAUCUUGCAGCAACUUGUUACAUUGCAUAUACUACUUCUUUUUUCUUCCUUUCCAGUCUUUAUUUCUUAACAACCUUAUUGUUAGAUAAACUGGGAGCUUUAUUUCAUUACUGGCUCUGCCUGUGAGGCAGGAAUGAGAAAGGAGGUGGUGGUGUUUAGUAGACUGUAGCAAAAUACACAUUUAAAUUAAACCUGUGCUUGCCAGGAAGUAAAAGCUCUUGAAGUCAUAAAUUGAUGUGCAUUAAAAUGGUGGGGAAUUAGUGGUUUAAAACAGUAUUCCAGCUAGAAGGUUCUGUGCUUAGAUGUGAAGGGUGGAGAAGUCAAAAUGUGGUAAUACUGGAUAGUGGAUUUCACCUUGUUGUGGGGACUGUCUUAUUUAUUCCUAAAUAUGAAAGUUACAUAAAAAACUGCAAUAUAGAAUCCUUAAGUGCUUUUAAAAAUUCUGUAUUGUGUAAAAAUUGAAAAAAAAAAAAACUUGAACUAUACUAAGGGCCUAAUAGAGUAGUUAAUUAAAUACUUGUUAAAAUGUUUAGCACAAUCUUAGAUUUUUGAUAAUUUAUCAGUUACUGAAUAAGGUAAUAGUGGGGCUGUGUUUUAGACAGUCUAGAAUUUAUUGCUGAUGACAUCCUGCAUAAAAUUAUGACCUUAAAGAAAAGACUUUACAACCAAGAAUGAUUUGAAGUUAAUUCUGUUCUGUAAUUUUCGUAAUUCAAAUUUGUAAACUGCUGAUAUCUAAUAAAAAAAAUUAUAUAAACUCA